AUGUUGGAUGAUUUGGGUGUCAAAGGGCUGCAAGAUUUGGAUGUGUCUUUCCUAUAUGACUUUACGGACAACUUGAAACAGUAUCCCAACCAUGUCUUCCGCCGAGUUGACGCUUUCCCUCAUGAGCGCUCCUACUUCGUCCUGGAUUCGCCACACACACCAUCACCGCAGUGGCUGUCUGCUCCACACUGUAUGUCCGUGCGUUUGUUGUUUGAUGAACAUCUCCGCGUUCGGACUUCAGAAGUUUCUGCACCAUUCUUUCUCAAUCGCCCCCCUUUUCUUCCUUUAACCCUUUUAAAUGACGCAUAA